AUAACAAAGAAAGAAGAAUCUCGAAGAUACCGUUUCCGCAAUUCAUCGUGACUCACAUAUGUGUCUGCAUUUUCUCAUGUUGGACCCUGGAGUGUCAGCCUAUAUAGUACAUAAUCUCACACAUCUGGACGGCGGCAGUCAGUGUUAUCUUUAUUUGCACCGGUGCGAGCUAGAACAAGUUCUCCUAAGAGCUAGUACCAUCUGAUACGCGGCAGUAUCGCGGAUAUAAUUAAGUACAUUGCACUGUUAUUCACAAUCAGUAAAAAUCAUUUGUAAUAACCAACUGAAAGUUGUUAAAUAAUGGAACCCUUCGAAAUACUGUGCGGCAUUGCCGCCGCAGUUCUCGCUCUUUAUUAUUUUCUCACAUCAACUUUUGACUUUUGGAAGUCACGUGGUGUUCCUGGUCCACGACCGAUACCAGGACUUGGCAACUUUAAAGACGUUAUGUUAAAUAAUAUAUCUGCGGGUGAUUAUUUAACAGAAAUAUACAACGCUUACAAAAAUGAACCAUUAAUUGGAAUAUUUGCCAGGAAGACACCCAUUCUUAUUGUAAAAGAUCUCGAUUUAAUUAAGGAUAUUCUCAUCAAAGAUUUUACCAAGUUUGCCGACAGAGGAUUUCCCAUUCUCGAAAAAGCAGAUCCGCUGUCGCAACAUCUUUUCUUUUUGGAGCCGAAAAGAUGGCGACCGUUAAGAAUGAAAUUGUCGCCUGCAUUUACAUCUGGUAAAUUAAAGGAAAUGUUUGCCUUAAUGUCAGAGUGUGCCGACCAUCUUAUACAAUAUAUGGACAAAGUAACGAAUACAGGCAAUCCAGUAGAAUGUCGUGAGUUAACAGCCAAAUAUACAACGGACGUUAUCGGUAAUUGUGUCUUCGGCAUCGAAAUGAACGCACUAUCGGACGAGGACAGCGAAUUUCGUAAGAUGGGAAGGGAAGUAUUCAAUCCGUCCUGGAUAAAUAUAUUGCGAGUGAGAGUCAGACAAAUUUUUCCAUGGUUUUACAAUAUGUUAUUUGGUUAUUUCCUGCCGCAAACAAACGUUACCAAAUUCUUCACACGCGUCAUCGUGGAAAACAUGGAAUAUAGAGAAACGAAUAAUAUCAUUAGGAACGACUUUAUUGAUAUAUUGCGCGAAUUAAAAAACCAUCCAGAUAAAUUGGACGGUAUUGAUCCAACGGAUAGUUUAAUAGCUUCUCAAGCGUUCGUAUUUUUCCUUGCUGGUUUUGAAACUUCAUCAACCACUAUUAGUAACGUACUUUAUGAAUUAGCAUUAAAUCAGGAAGUACAAGAUAAGUUGCGUGAAGAAAUUGACGAGGUCUAUACAAAACAUGAUGGAAAUUUAAUAUAUGACAAUAUUAAAAAAAUGAAUUAUUUAGAUAUGGUUUUCAAAGAAACUUUACGGAAAUAUCCACCAGGAACAAUUGUUAUGAGACAAUCCACAUCGAGUUAUACUUUUGAUGGUACUAAAGUUAGUAUACCGAAAGACCAAAAAGUAUGGAUUCCUAUUUACGCGAUUCAUCGAGAUCCGAAUAUUUAUCCAAAACCAGAUGUCUUUGAUCCAGAAAGAUUUAAUGAUGAAGCUAUGCAAAGCAGGCACUCGAUGUCUUACCUACCUUUCGGAGAUGGCCCAAGAAAUUGCAUUGGAGCUCGUUUUGCUAUUUACCAGUCUAAACUUGGGCUUACAAAGAUACUUCGAAACUAUAAAAUCGAGACUUGUGAGAAAACUCCAAUACCUUACGUAAAUGAUCCUAAAGCAUUUAUAUUAUCACCAAAAGGUGGAUUGCACUUGAAAAUGGUUAAAAUUAACCGGAUAUAG